AUGCCAAUCAAUCAACCCUCGAACCAGAUAAAAUUCACAAACGUCUCCGUCGUGCGCCUAAAAAAAGGCAAGAAACGCUUCGAACUAGCCUGCUACAAAAACAAACUGUUGGAAUAUCGUUCUGGCGCCGAAAAAGACCUCGACAAUGUCCUUCAGGUCCCCACGAUCUUCCUUUCUGUCUCCAAAGCACAGACCGCACCUGCAGCGGAAUUAAUCAAGGCCUUUGGCCCUGACACGCCCGCCGACGAAAUCCGCCAGGAAAUUUUACGAAAAGGCGAAGUGCAAGUGGGGGAGCGCGAGCGAAAAGAAAUCGCCGAGCGAAUUGAGAAGGAGGUACUUGAUAUUGUUUCAGGUCGACUGAUUGAUCCGACGACGAAGAGGGUUUAUACGCCGGGGAUGAUUUCGAAGGCACUGGAUCAGUUGACAGCGGCGAGUGGGCAGAUGCAGCAGCAGCAAUCAGCAGCGCAGACAGGAGAAAAUGGAGCGGGUGAUGAAGACGCCGCAGCGCCUAGGCAACAGAAGAAACCUCUAUGGACGGGUGUGAACCCAAACAAGUCGGCCAAGAGUCUCGCGCUUGAGGCGAUGAAGGCGUUGAUUGCGUGGCAGCCUAUUCCGGUUAUGAGAGCACGGAUGCGGCUUCGAGUAACUUGUCCCGUGUCGCUGCUAAAGCAGAGUGUUAAGUCCGCGGCGCCGGCUGGGUCAAAUAACAAGGAGAAGGAAUCUCAAAGCGGUGGUGGUGGUUCAAAGAACAAAAAAGGUGGAAAGGGAAAGAAAUCGGCUCGCCGCGGUGACGACACUGACUCCGAGGGUGAGAGUGCGCCUGUCCAGCCAAAGGGCCCGAGCAACGUCAAGGAUAAGAUCCUGAGUUUUAUCGAAUCCAUUGAGUCACAGGAGAUUGCUAGCGAUGAAUGGGAGGUGGUUGGUUUUGCAGAGCCUGGUGCAUUCAAAGGACUGAACGAGUUUGUUGGCAAUGAGACUCGGGGGCGGGGACGGGUGGAAGUUUUGGAUAUGGCAGUUACUUAUGAGGAUUAA